AGAACCCACACAGGGAAGAAACCUUUUGAAUGUUUAGAUUGUGAAAAGAGAUUCAAUAGCAAUGGUGAUCUUCAUAUGCAUCAGAGAACUCACACAGGGGAGAAACCUUUUGAAUGCUCAGAGUGUGGAAAGAGAUUCACUGAGAGUGGCCAUCUUCAAGAGCAUCUAGGAACCCACACAUGGCAGAAACCUUUUCAAUGUUCAGAGUGUGGAAGGAGAUUCAGUAGCAAUGGCGAUCUUCAAAUGCAUCAAAGAACCCACACAUGGGAGAAACCAUUUGAAUGCUCAGAGUGUGGAAAGAGAUUCAGUAUCAGUGGCAAUCUUCAAAAGCAUCAAAGAACCCACACAGGGGAGAAACCUUUUGAAUGCUCAGAGUGUGGAAAGAGAUUCACUGAGAGUGGCCAUCUUCAGCAGCAUCAGAGAACCCACACAGGGGAGAAACCUUUUGAAUGCUCUGAAUGUGGAAAGAGAUUUAGUCAGAGCAGCAAUCUUCAACUUCAUCAGAGAACCCACACAGGGGAGAAACCUUUUGAAUGCUUAGAGUGUGGAAAGAGAUUCAGUAGCACUGGCAAUCUUCAAAAGCAUCAAAUAACCCACACAGGGGAGAAACCUUUUGAAUGCUCAGAGUGUGGAAAGAGAUUCAGUAGCAAUCGCAGUCUUCAGCGGCAUCAGAGAACCCACACAGGGGAGAAACCUUUUGAAUGCUCAGAAUGUGGAAAGAGAUUCACUAUGAGUGGCCAUCUUCAACAGCAUCAGAGAACCCACACAGGUGAGAAACCUUUUGAAUGCUCUGAAUGUGGAAAGAGAUUUAGUCAGAGUGGCAAUCUUCAACUACAUCAGAGAACCCACACAGGGGAAAAACCUUUUGAAUGCUCAGAGUGUGGAAAGAGAUUCAGUAGCAAUGACAAUCUUCAUAAGCAUCAAAGAACCCACACAGGGGAGAAACCUUUUGCAUGCUCAGAGUGUGGAAAGAGAUUCACUGAGAGUGGCCAUCUUAAGCGGCAUCAGAGAACCCACACAGGGAAGAAACCUUUUGAAUGUUCAGAGUGUGGAAAGAGAUUCAGUAGCAAUGGUGAACUUCAAAUGCAUGUAAGAACUCACACAGGGAAGAAACCUUUUGAAUGCUUAGACUGCAGGAAAAGAAGUUAA